GUGAUUAUUUCGUAACAUCUACAGAUACACUUAUAAAUUAUUUGCGCCCAGCCAACGAAAUUGUUCGAUUCGAUUGUGUAUAUUUUUAUGUUAACUAUUAGAUCCAAUCGCGAUGGACAUGCUGCCGGAUGAGUACGAGGCCAAGCAGGAUGAGGAUCAGGAGCGCCUGGUCGGCAAGAUGGCUCGCUCCUCGCGGCGCCGGCAUGACCAUGAAGCCAUGGCCGCCGCUCAUGUGGUGGUGGCCACCACAACGGGCAAGCCGAAGCCGCCAAAACCGGAGGCCAAAAAGCUGCGCAAGAAGCUCACAGAGUGCGAGCAGGAGAACCAGUCACUGGCCCAGUCCAUCCAGGACAAGAAUGAUGAGAUUUUUGCCUUAAAGAAAUCCGUAGAAUCCCUCAAUGACGUCCUCAACUCGGUGCCCAUUGAUGAGCUGCGCUGCAACUCCUCCAUAGCCACCACAAAGAUCUUGGAGUUGAGCAAGAAGAACCGUCAGAUGCGCGCCGAAUUGGAGCAGUCGAAGAGUCGGCUGGUCAAAAGGGAGUCCCAAAUCGAGAAGUUGGAAAGGAAUCUGCGAGCCCACGAGGAGAAGCUGCAGCAGAACCAGGAGCUAAUGAAGAAGGGCUGCUCCGCCGACGAGCUUCAGGCCAAGAUCAACAGUAUGCAGCAGAAGCUCUUCGAAACCCGCAACAAAAACACCGAGUUGCAAACUCAACUGAAACUGGCCCAAAAGUGCUUGCAGCACGAGAUUGGGGAGAGCUGCAACAUCAACAUACUGGCCAACAAUCUCAAUCAGGCCAAUUGGCGUGGUCGUGCCCAGCAGAUCAUCACGCUCACCCAAAAGGUGCAGGAGCUCAAGGCUCGGCUGGACUCCUAUGAAGAAAGAGCUGCAGAUCGCGUGGAGUAUGCCCCAGUGCCCCUGGGAUUCGAACUUGAUUUGGUGUCGUCUGGCAAUCGAUCCCAUCAUGCCAGCUCAGAGAGAUUGGGCGGAGGUGAUGGUGGCGGUACGACUGCCAGCUUUGAUCGCUUUACUCCUGGAGUACGAAAAAGUGAGAUCCUCCACCGGGCCAAGGUGGAGUCCCUGGAGAAGGAGAUCUUUAACCUACACACCCAGCUGGAGGAGCAGCGCAGCAAGACACUGGCUUUGAAGGUGAGGAACAAGACCCUUAACGAGGACAUGACCAAGUACAAGAUGCGUUCCAAUGAGCUGGAGGAGCAGACCGACUUCAAUGGCGUCAAUAUAAAUACCAUGAAUGACAAGCUGAACCGCCAGCGUAUUCAGUAUGAGAGUCGCUUGGACGACAUGCGCAGCGAAUUGCUCCGGGUGACCGAGGAGCGGGAUCUCUCGCGUCGCCAGAUGGAGGAGCUGAGCGGUAUGCACAUGGAGCUGCAGACAGUGGUCAACCAGAAGGAUGUGGCCAUGGGCAGUCUGCAGGAGAUGAUUAAGAAGCUGGAGAUGGACCUGCGUGCCCUCUCCGGCGGAUUUCUCUUUUCAUGUCGCGAGUUUCGAAAGGAGGAAUUUGUGGGCAUCCUGGAUGCCCUCGAGGUCGAGAAGAACCAGCUAAUGUUGCUGAACAAAACACUGGGAGAACGUUUGGAGUCGGAGCGCAAAAAAAAUGAGGCUACCCAGGAUCAUAGCGGAAAGUUAAAGGCUCGUAUCAGCCGCUUUGAGGUAAAGAUUAGGGACUUGGAAAAGGAGAUAGAUAUGCUGUCCGACAAGAAGAAGCGCACCCAGCGAAUGGCCGAUUACGCCAGUUCGCUGAGUCGCACUUCUCUUAACGGAUCAAUUGGCUCCUUCAGCUUCGAGAACCAGUCCCAGUACCAGUCGGUCAGCACUCUGAAUUCCGGCGGACAGUCUGAGCCCAGAAUAGAGGAACUAAAGAAUCAUCUUGAGCUGGCCAAUGAGAAGAUCACCAUGCUGACCGAGAAGCUGGAAUAUGUCACCGAGGAGAAGCGUGCUGAUGCCAAGUUCUUUGAGGAGACCAUGAACAACUCUAAAACUAUAAUCCUGGACACCAUAAUCGGUGCUCGCGAAGGGGGCUUACCUAGCAGCAAAAAUACUGAAACCCCCAAACAACCAACCAGCGAAAGUUCCAUCCACUAAUUAAGAUGGAGAGGCAUAAUUUGUAUUUUGAUUAAUUUUUAUGUUCUUUCCAAUGCGAUAAACCCGAUGAAAGGCCAUACCAGUAUCCGUUA